UCAAUGCUGAUUGUGCCAAGUCAGUUUUCCAUUGAACUUCAGUCGAUCGGUUUGCAGCGAUGUCGCUUUACUGGUUGCUGGUCUCGUUGCUGCUGCUGCUGUUGCUGUGGAGCAAGCGGCAGCUGAUCUUGCUGGGCAGCAGUCUGGCAGGUCCUUGGGCGCUGCCAGGACUCGGCAAUGCACAGAUGAUUGGCAAACUGAAGCCCGAGUAUAUAUUUCUGGUUUUCACCGAGCUGCGCGAACGCUUUGGCGCCACCUAUCGCUUGUGGCUGGGACCACAGCUGUGGGUGUUUCUGCACAGCGCCGAGGAGACGCGAGAGGCGCUCAACGAUGCCACACUGCGCAAGGCAGCCACAUUCCAGCAGCUCGGCCCGCUGAUUGGCAACGGACUGCUUAUCAGCCAUGGACGCGACUGGGCGGUACAGCGUCGCCUCCUCACCCCCUGCUUUCAGCCGCAGCUGUUGCGCAGCUUUGCGCCAGCUGUGAACCAACAUGCAAAUCGCCUGCUCGACAAACUGCAGCUAACGAAUGGGAUGGGAAUCGAGGUGACGGAUCAUCUGUUCGCCUGCCUCCUCGAUGCCAUUGUCGAUACCUCGAUGGGCUACCAGCUGCAGGCACUGCAACAGUUGCCACACUCACCCAUUGUGGCUGCCUUUCAUCGCAGCGGCCAGUUGCUGUUCAAGCGAAUGAUUAAUCCUUUGCUCGCCUCCGAUUGGGUGUUCGAGCGAACGCGACUGUGGCGCGAGUUGAGCGUCGAGCUGCAACUGAUACAUCAACAGAUGGAGCACAUCAUACAGCAGCGUCACUUGCAACUAAAGAAGGACCAGCAGCACAAAGAAGAAGACGAAGAAGAAGAGGAGCAGCCAACAAAACCACACAUUCUACUGGAUGCCAUGCUGUUAGCCGGAUGGAAUCAUCAGCAGAUACGGGAUCAAGUCAACACCUUUGUCUUUGCGGGCGUGGACACGACGACAGCUGCCAUGGGUUUUGUGCUCUACGCUCUGGGAAAGCAUCCCACAGUGCAAGAGAAACUGCAUGCGGAACUAAAGGAUUUCUGUGCUGAGGAGGAUUGGGAUGCACUAAGUGGUCUUGUUUAUUUGGAUGCCGUGCUGAAAGAGGUGCUGCGCCUGUACACCAUAGUCCCGAGCACUGGACGCCAGACGACGCGGGAAACAACAAUUGGGGGGCGUCGAUACUGCGCUGGAAUCACGAUCUGGAUCAACAUGUACGGCUUGGCCCACGAUGCAGACUACUUUCCAGCACCGUACGAGUUCAGGCCAGAGCGUUGGCUGCACCAAGAGAUGCCAGCGACACCGUAUAGCUAUAUACCCUAUUCGGGUGGACCGCAUGUAUGCAUUGGACGCAAGUAUUCCCUGUUGCUGAUGAAACUGCUCACCGUUCGCAUUGUCCAGCGAUUCAGACUGGAACUAGUUGAACCCCACGCCAAGCUGGUGCUUGAAGCCCAAAUGGUGCUCCGCUCCCGGGAUGGCAUCCACAUCAAGUUCAUACCACGCUGACCAGCGAAACAGUAUUCAUUGGGAACCGUGCAAUUAAAAAAAUAGAAAUCUGUUCAAACCGAUUUUGUUGUUAUUUUGAAAUAUAUG